AUGUUAUCAUUGUCAGAUGAUCAAUGUCACGGAGUCGUUUUUGUGGGUCACGAAUUGAAGGAACUCACCUUUGGAUGGACCGAUUACAUAUUGUUCGGCGGUCUGCUGGGCAUCAGCGUCCUCAUCGGUAUUUACUUUGGCUUCUUCAGCACGAAACAGGACAAUACUACCGAAUAUUUGCUCGGAGGCAAAACCAUGUCCUUUAUUCCGAUUAGCAUGAGCCUCAUAGCCAGUCACAUAUCGGGGGUGUCUUUGCUCGGCGUGCCCUCCGAAGUAUAUCAAUACGGAACUCAAUAUGCAGCGUAUUUUUCAUCCUUCAUCAGUUGUCUCUUAAUCGUAGUCGUAUACCUGCCGGUGUUUCACAAGCUACAACUAACGAGCACUUUCGAGUAUUUGGAAAUUAGAUUCGCCAGGCCCGUGCGUAUAUUAGCAUCCUUUCUCUACACCCUUUCGCUGGUGGUUUAUGUGCCGUUGAUAAUCUACGUGCCGGCAUUAGCUUUCUCGCAAGCAACAGGGAUGAAUCUGCAUUACGUUGCGCCGGUGAUAUGCAUGGUGUGCAUUUUCUACACAACCAUUGGUGGUCUGAAGGCUGUCGUAUGGGCGGAUACGGUUCAGAUGACAGUGACUCUCGGAAGUCUAGUUGCCGUUCUGAUUUUGGGGACCAUCGCCGUAGGCGGCGUCCGCGAAACCUGGAGAAUAGCCGAAGAAGGUGGUAGAAUUGUGUUUUGGAAUAUGGAUCCCAGCCCUUUUGUUAGAAAUUCAUUUUGGGGUAUGUCAGUAGGAAUGACAAUGACAUGGCUAGCAGGAUUAGGAAUUAACCAAGUUUCUAUGCAAAGAUUCCUAGCAGUGCCUACCGUUAAGGAAGCAAGAAAAUCAAUUUGGCUCCUAGCUGUAGGUUUAGUAGUGGUAAAAUACAUUUCCGUUUUCACCGGCCUCACAAUGUACGCAAGAUAUCAUAAAUGCGAUCCCAUAACUGCGCACGUGGUAGCAAGGAGCGACAAGAUAUUGCCAUAUUACGUGCUAGAUGUAGCCGCUGAUAUUCCAGGACUUCCUGGCCUCUUUCUCGCCGGUCUGGUGAGCGCCGGUCUCUCGACGAUGAGCGCCGGACUGAACACAGUCGCCGGCACGAUUUACGAGGAUUUCAUCGAUCGCUGGAUGCCAGAGAGCAACAAUAAAGAGACUAAAGCCGCCAACAUUAUGAAGGUCACGGUGGUUAUCUUAGGCAUCCUGUGCGUGGGCAUGGUGUUCCUUGUGGACCGUCUCGGCGACAUCUUCCAGCUGUCCUUGACCGUGACCGGUAUCACCGCCGGUACGAUGCUGGGUUUGUUCUCGCUCGGGAUGCUGAUACCCUGGGCGACGACCAAGGGAGCGGUGGUCGGCGGACUGUUCUCGAUGGUGACGAUGGUCUGGAUCAUUGUCGGCGCGCAAUGGCAUAUGGCAAAUCGUAGUUUCUAUUACGAACCGCUGCCCUCUACGACCGAGGGUUGUCUGAACGCGUCUAGUUUGUUCAAUAAAACGAACGCAACGACGCAGAAUCCGAUUCAAGUCGAAUCCGUGGACGACGAGCCUUUCGUCCUUUACAGGAUAUCCUUCAUGUACUACACGUUACUGGGCGCCCUGAUCGUGAUAGCGAUCGGCACGAUUGUCAGCUUCAUCUGCGGCGCUUCUGACUUGAGCGAAGUCGAUCGAGAUCACUUCUCACCGUUCAUCACCAGAUUUAUGCCACCAAAAAAAUAUAUGGAAGUAUCGUUGCACACAGUACCGACAACACUGAUAACUAAUUCGGAAAAAGAGGAGCUGAAAUCUUAAAACUGUGUUUUUUAUCCUCGCGAAUCUUUUCUUCGAUAUUACAUAAGACAUUAUUACAGCAAAAUCAUUCGAUUGCAAAAUUCUAUGAUCUCUAAUAUAAUUACGUACUCCAUAA